AUGAUAAACGAGAGUUCCUCCGCAAAGUAGUUAACAGAUUAAUUAGGAGACUUUUUAAAGUAUUUAGAUUACUUCUAAAUAGAUCAUUUAUACUCUAACUCACGACAGGAAUUUUUCUAUAGAUGUAUGAGAGAUGUCUUACUGAGAAGUGAAUUUUCAAUCAAGGUUAUGGAGAAGUACAUAGACAAAAAAUGGAAGGUAGAUGGUGAUCAGAUACUAAAACCAAGGUUUCUACUUGUAGAAUUACUUAAUCAUAAAGGUCCUUUUUAGCCAAUUCCACCAAAUCUUGUUCUUAUUAAUAAUCAAAAUCAAUAAAGCAUAUCUAAAACUUAGAAUUAGAAUUCAAAUAAUAACAGCAAAUCAAUAACAGAGAAUAAAACCUUCACAAAUAAUUCCUCAAUAAAUACAGCAAUCACAGAUAGUACUUUUGACAUUGAAACAAAGGAAAAUCCUGAAAUUUUAAAUCAAACACUAUCUAAAUCUCAUAAGUCUAAGCAGCCUAAAACUUAAAUUUAACUCUUUCAAGAUUAAGGUGCGCAUUCGUCAGUGAUAGAUGUGUUUUUAUUUACCGUUUGGAAUAUGAACCAGAAAUCUUAUCUUAAUAUAGACAAACAGAUAAACUCCAAAGUUAUUAAUGACUUAAAAAAGUGUUUGAAUUUUAUGGAAUAGAAUCAGUUUAUGGAGGCACAGGAUUUUUAUAGCAAUUAAUGCGGUUAUAUCUAUUAAUAAGGGAGUAUAACGAAGCCAUUGGAUAUAUUAUUCGAAGAAUGCUUAGUCCCUGAUGAUUUCUAAUUCUUUAUUGAAACAGUAGCAAAAUAUUAAAACAGCUAGUCAUUAUAACGAGCUUUUGAUAAGAAAAUGAAGUAAAAAGCUUAUAGUAAUUGCCAAUCUUGCAAACAAGCCUCAGUUCUUAUCACUAGAACAUUAAGACCUUAAAAUUAUAAUAAAUUAAAAGAUAAUAGUUUAAAUUAGAGUAAUGAGGUUAAUAUAAAUGAAAAUAGUGUGAAAAUGCCAAAAUUCUUAUUCUUCAUGCUUGAUGUGAUUGAGGAUAAGUAAGUUCGUUAUGAAAUAGAAUAGCAGCUAACUAUUGACUUUAGAGAUCCCUCAGAUCAAGUUUAAAUAGCUCAAUAUGAGUUAGAAUUUAUUGUAUUCAUGAAGAAGAUCAAUAUCUAUACCAUAUAUUACAAAGAUCCCUUCAUAAUUUCAACCAAUGAUAAAAGUAAAAGAUCUGGUAAAAGUAAGAAAAGGGAUAAAGCCAGUAAAGCAAAAAAAGGGACAGGUUGGUUUUAUUAUGAUAACAAAGAUGGCGCUGCAUUUAGUAUAAGUUAAAGUAAAGUAGAAAAGAUACUAAGUGGGGUAAAGAAGAGCUUAAAAAAGGAGGUACCUUUUGUAAUUGGUUAUAAAAGAAUAGACUAUUGA